AUGCCUGCCGUCAACACCCUCGUCGCCCGCGACGCCGUUCACCAGCUCGCCAAGCGCCAGAACUGGGCCCAGCAGGAGGCCGGUGUUGUCGUCGUCUUCUGCAUCAUUUUCAUUGUCGCUCUCGGUGUCUCUGGUCUCAUGAUCUCCAAGUGCCUCGCCAGGCGCAAGGCAGAGAGACAAGCCAAGGAGUCCCAGGCAGCAUAA